AUGUUCCAUUAUGUCACCAUCGCGCCCCUCACCGAGCACGCGAACCGACGAGAACGACCCCACGUGGGGCAUCACCUCGCCGCAAUGUUCGAGAAGUCGCUCUACGACCUCAUUCGAGGUUUGAGGAACCACAAGGGCAAUGAGCGCGAGUAUAUUCAAAACUGCCUCAAAGAAUGUCGCACCGAAAUUCGGAGCGCCGACAUGGACCUCAAGGCCACGGCCCUGAUCAAGCUCAUCUACCUCGAGAUGGUGGGCCACGACAUGUCCUGGGCGUCGUUCCAUGUCCUCGAGGUCAUGUCCUCACCGAAAUACCACCAGAAGCGAGUGGGAUAUCUAGGCGCCGCCCAGAGCUUUCGACCCGAUACCGAAGUCCUCAUGUUGGCGACUAAUCUCUUGAAAAAGGAUCUAUCCGCGACCGCGAUUCCCGUCAUGUCCCUCCCGAUUAUAACACUUCCUCACCUCAUCACACCUUCCCUGGCCCUUUCCGUCCAGACCGAAAUGCUCACCCGCCUCGGCCACUCCCACCCGAAUGUCCGCAAGAAAACCAUCAUCACCCUUUACCGCCUUGCGCUCGUGUACCCAGAGACUCUGCUUGCCGCCUGGCCUAGAAUCAAGGAGCGUCUGAUGGAUAAGGACGAAGAUCCUAGUGUUACCGCCGCUAUCGUCAACGUCAUAUGCGAGCUAGGUUGGCGGCGGCCUCACGACUUCUUGCCUCUUGCCCCUCGACUCUUUGAGCUCCUCGUUGACGGAGGAAACAACUGGAUGGCUAUCAAGCUUAUAAAGCUGGUGAUUUGCCACUCUCACCCCCUAGAGCCCCGCCUCGUGCGCAAGCUGCUACCGCCCCUAACAGAGAUCAUCCGUACCACACCUGCCAUGUCCCUGCUCUACGAAUGUAUCAACGGCAUCAUACAGGGCGGUAUCCUUGGCAGCGCCGAUGACAUAUCGGGAAGAGAGGAGAUUGCCUCCCUUUGCGUCGACAAGCUGAGGAGCAUGAUAUUGGUCGAUGGCGACCCAAAUUUAAAAUAUGUCGCGCUUCUUGCCUUCAACAAGAUCGUCGUCACUCACCCUUUCCUCGUUUCUCAGCAGGAGGAUGUGAUUCUGGAGUGUAUUGACAGCCCUGAUAUCACGAUUCGUAUCAAGGCACUCGACCUUGUGCAGGGCAUGGUUUCCUCGGAUAAUCUGCUGUCCGUGGUCAGCAGGCUAAUGAAGCAGCUACGGGCCGAGGGGUGGAACGGGGAUUCGGACGAUGAACCAAACAGCGAUUCCCCGCGGGAUUCCACGAGCAGCGAGUCUUUGCUUCCCGAGGACUAUCUGAUAGAUAUCAUUGGCAGGAUAUUGAAGAUGUGUUCCCAGAACAACUACAGCAGUAUAUUCGAUUUCGAUUGGUACAUUGAUGUAUUAACACAGCUUGUCCGCCUAGCCCCGACUCCGCGGACCUCGGACCAGGACCCGUACCUACCGGCAAGCCAUUCCGCGGCUGUAGAUGUGGCCGAAGUCAUAGGAGACGAGCUGAGGAAUGUCGCCGUCAAGGUCAAGGCUAUGAGGGGUUCCGCCGUUCGCGCCGCCGAUCUCAUCAUUCAGCAGCUGCUGCAAGAUAUUCCCCACGAAAUUUCCAUCUCUUCGGCUGCGCUGAAGUCGAUCGCGUGGCUACUGGGCGAGUACGCGACGUCGCUCGCAUCUCCGGAUGCCACCCUGGGAUCCAUCCUCCAGCUCAUCCCCAGAGCAUCCUCCCCCAUCAUCCUCAUCACCUGCAUCCAAGCUACCGCCAAAAUCUUUGCUCUCAUGGCGGGGGACCAGUAUCAGCCAUGGACGGCUGAGCGCAAAAGCAGCGUCUCUCUGCUGAUGGCGCGGGUCAUUGAUGCGUUCGAACCCUUGACCCAGCACCCUAACCUCGAGGUCCAAGAACGUUCUGUUGAAUUCGUGGAGCUCCUCAAGCUCACGUCUGAAGCCGCUAUCCCGUCACUCUUCACGGGAUGGGAGCUUAAUUCGGUGGCAAUAGGUGCGCAAUCCAACGUCCCCCUCCCCGACGGCCUCAAUCUAGAAGAUCCCAUCCACCCCGACCUCGAGCGACUGUUGGGCGACGCGGAUCUACCCUAUCUCAAGGGCGAGGAGAGCGAUGACUUUUCAACAUACUACUAUCAGAAACUCGCGGCGACGUCCAUCUCGUCAGAGACUGUGGUCGCGCCGGCAAUCUCUCGGCUGGGCGAAGCUCCGGAGGAAUUUACGAGCUCGUAUCAGCAAGCUAGCGAAGACAGCUACCUUGACGCGGAUAUAGUAGCAAGGCGGCGGGCAGAGCGGAUGGAGAGGACACGAGAUGACCCAUUCUAUAUCGGUGGCGCUGGUGGUGGCGGCAACUCGUCGACGCCGAUCCACAACAUUUUGCAGUCGACCAACGGUCCGGAUUUAGACAUUGACGCCAUUCCUAUAAUGCAGCUUGACAUCGACAAGCUUGCCGCCGGGACGUCCUCGUCAGCUACGUCAAGACACCCUCAGACCGCGCCAUCCAAGGUUCGUCAACAAAUCGUCGUCGCGCAGGAUGAGACCCUUAGCGGAAGCGGGCGGUCGACGCCGCGGACGUUUGAUUCGGAAGAGGGUUCGGUCAAAUCGGGACGGCCUAGCCGCGGACGGUCCAAGAACUCGUCUUCUAUCCUUAAGGUCAGCUCGUCGGGUAUCGGCUCCCUUAGUCUAGAAGCAGGUGCGCCGACGGAGGACGCCCGGGUGAAAGACGACGAGGAGAUGGCGAAAGCCAUGAAGGAAGUAGAGAGGCUGCGGCUGGAAAUGCAACGCGCAAAUGAAAGGAUACAGGUUGCCCAGGGUGUGGACCUGGAAGGGACUGUGGUGAAGAAGAAGGUGAAGAAGGGGACCAAGAAGGACGGCGUCGCUACAAAGAAGAAGAAGAAGGUGCCCGCGGUAGAGGGCCCCGGCGCCGAGGCCGGGCCUGCCAGCGGCGGUGGCAACGGCGUAGAAGCGGGGGCGAUGACGACGCCGUGGUUGUGGUGA